AUGUCUUCGGCCAAGGCCACCAAGAAGAGUGCCUUCUCGUGUGAGCCGUGUCGCAGGCGCAAGGUUAAAUGCGGAGGUGAACAGCCCAUUUGUCAGCGAAAUCCAACAUUGUCCUACACUCAGCGGCUAGAAGGACGAAUUAAGGAACUGGAAGACCAGGUAGCCAACCUUACGAAGUCGCCUCCGUCACUUGCUGGCUCGUCUCAUUCAAGCCCCCCCGUCUCAGGCGUCCAGGAUGUUUCAUCGCAAACCAGUCGGCAUGCUUCUGAUGAGCAGGGUAUCAGCCGAAGCUUCAGAAGCUUGAAAAUUGAUGACAAGGGAAGCAUCACAUAUCACGGUGCUACAAGUUUCUUUAAUCUUCCAAGUGAUCGGACUGGCCCUGGCCCAUCUGAUAUGCCAUUCUUGAACCCCUCGUCUUCGGAUACCGACCUUCAGAGACGAGAACGCUUAAUUCACAACGCAUGGCACCAGCGCGCUAUGGAGAACUUGAACGAAGUCCCUGAACCAUUUCAAUACCUCCUAAAUGUUCAUUGGUGCUGGAUCCAACCACUCUUUAAUUUUAUCUACCGCCCUGUAUUUACACGUGACAUGCAAUCCAUGGGGCCGUAUUACUCACACACGCUUCUUAAUGCUGUAAUUUCACAUUCAAUUCGAUGGGGUCGGAGCGACCCAUCAACCAAACGACUACUUGACGACUCCUACCACGGCGGCCUCGUCUUUGGUAAACAUGCCAGAAGCAUGCUUUUUGAAGAAUUGAACAAUGGAGUUUGCACAAUUCCUACGAUACAAACACUCCUCCUUCUUAGUGCGCAGGAGUGCAGCCAGGGCAAUUCCACACAGGCUUGGACAUAUAGCGGAAUUGCCUUCCGGUUGUUGGACCAUCUUGGCAUCUGUGUGGAUAGCCAGCGAUUUCCGGGCCCCGUCCCCUUAGGUGAUGAGGAGCUCGAGAUUCGUCGACGCAUCUAUUGGGGCUGCUAUUUCUGGGACAAGCUUAUAUGUCUGUAUCUGGGACGGUCGCCUUCCUUGCAACAUACAAAUAUUUCACCAUCCCAUAUCAUGUUUGAUGAUUCGGCCGAAAAUGACCUGUGGGUUCCCUUUGGUAUUCCACAGACCGACCCCACGUGGAAAUACCCACCUACGACGGCUCACUCAGCCUCAUGUUUCAUGAGCAUGUGUCGACUGGCAGUCAUUUUCAAUGAAAUUCUGAUCCAUAUGUAUGACCCGCUGUCGCAAAAUACUGACGCUGAAAUCCAAGAGUGUCUCAACUCACAGGAACCCCUGUUGCAUCAGUGGUGGGAUCAACUGCCAGUGCACCUCAAGAUCAACCCUAUUUCAUUGCCCAAUCUGGCUCCGCCAUCCCACAUUGUGACGUUAAAUUGUCUUUAUCAUGCAUUUAAAAUCUUGCUAUUUCGGCCAAUGAUCACCGGAAGAGGCCAACGCGAAUGUGAGGGCCCGUCUCCAGUUCAGCGAUAUCUAGUGGAAAGUGUGACAUCGGCAACAUCCAUCAUGGCAAUAUUCGAUCUCUUUUGCAGGACUUUCACCAUCAACUACUGCGUUUUAUCACUCGCCUACUGUGUCUAUAUCGCCUCAUCUAUCUUUCUACUGCAGGUUCAAGCUGCUCCAGACGACCAGCAAGCAAUGCGAAAGCUCACUUACUGCAUCCAAUGCUUGCAGCAAGUGAGGCAAAUUAGCCCAGCCUCCGCGCUGAACAAUAUCAAUAAAGAGCUCACCGCUGUGGGCAUUACAGUAGGAUCCUCUAUGCAGCAAAGCCCGCAGGCACAGCCGUCCUUGUCCACAGGAUCCAGCGCUCCUCUGCCUAGUGGCACAUACCAAACAUCUGCAGAUAUAGGCAGACAAAUCCCUAUUCCAUCCCAUCCAGUGUACCAGCCAUCGUUCAGCCAUAACUUUGGUCCGGAUGCAAUGUCCAUGGAACCUGGUGUCUUCGAAGCGAUGUCAACUCUAGAGCCACUUAGCAUUCGGGUUGGCACCAUUCCCGAGUCGGAAAAUCCACCUUCUUUUGGAUGA